UGUAAAGCAAUUGGCAGUCGACACGGACAAACCAAGCAAUGCAUUUACUUUUCAGUCGUAGCGUGUGCGCGUUCAUAGUAGCAUCGUAGUGUCUUGUGUAGUGAAUUUCUCUCUCUCUCGCUCUCUCUCAAUAUUUUUAUCAACAAAGAGCCAACGAGGCGCUGCUCCGCUCGUGCAUCGAGCCAAUUUUUCUACGUAGUUACAAGUGUUUACGUGCGUCUCGCGGCUGCAUCUCGACGAAAAAUGACGAUGAUGAAGCAACAAUAGAAAUUUUUCAACCAACUCGCUCGACCGCGAGACGAGACAGAAGAAAGAAAAAAGUUGGAAAUGAUGCAUGAUCCGACGUGAAUUCAUUGAUUCGAAUAGGAUAGUAAUUUAGAUAAAGGAGAUUUUUCAUUCUCACUUUCUACUGCCACUAAUCGUCGAAAACAAUAAAAUCCCGUAAAAAUGGAGCAAAAACAUAAAGAAGUUUUGAGGCGUAUGCGUCAAAAGAUCGUCGAAGAUUUAGACGUUUUCAAUGGGAUUAUUCAACCCUUGAUGACAGAAUAUGUAUUAAAGGAGGAAGAUGCCAAUGAUAUUAAGAAAGGUGUCAGCAAAGAGGAAAGAGCAAACAUAUUAUUGGACUUAUUGCCAGAGCGUGGAUGUUAUGCUUUUGAAGUAUUUCAUCAAUCUCUUAGACAUCAAUAUGAUUGGCUAAGUGAUGAUAUGGAUAAACUAUUGGCCCAAUAUGAACCACCACAAUCUAGAAAUAAUGCCAUGGAUGUACCUAUUGUAUAUCCUAAUUUACCACCUGUUUCUCCAUUAACAGUUACCAGAGAAGAAAUGGUUCAAAAGUUGAAAGAUGCAUUAGAAAAUUUGGAGCCUAAUGGAUACAUAGCUCUUCAUGGUAUGAAAGGAUUUGGAAAAUCUUGUCUCACAGCAAGCACCUUGAAAGACAAAAAUUUUACAUUGAGAUUAUUUAACAAUGAAAUUUAUUGGAUUAAAUUUGGGUACAAGCGCAAUAUAAAUGAAGAAAUAUUAGUUCAGCUUAAUAAUCUAUAUCAUCAAAUAAAAAAUUUGGGUUCAAUUGAAACUGUUAAUUCGGAACCAUUGGAGAAAUCCCUGAAACAAAUUAUAGACAAUCAUUUCAGGAAAAAAAAUCAUCAAAUGGCUUUACUAAUCCUUGAUGACGUAUGUCAUAAAGAAAUUGUAGAUGAAUUUGAUUUUGCAUGUAAAACUGUGGUCAUUACUCCUGAUCUUGGUGUUUUAAAUAAACGAACUCAUAUGGUUGUUAAGAUGAAUCAUGGAUUUACAGAAAAUGAAACUUUAGGAUUGUUUGCUAAAGUUCUUGAUAUAAACAUGGAUCAAUUGCCAAAAGAAGCUAAACUUAUUCAUGAAGAAUGUAAAGGAAUGCCUUUACUGAUUGCGAUGUUUGCAGCUCAGUUUGAAUAUUACAAACAUGAAAUGAGAUCUCAUAGAGGGAGAUGGAAGUACUACUUGAAUUGUCUUCAAACAAAAAAUGCAAAAAAUAUGAUUAUCUCAGAAUUCAUGGAGUUACAAAAAGCAACAUUUGAAAUGUGCAUUGGGCAAUUAGAAAAUGAAAUGAAAGAACGAUAUGAAAAUUUAGCUAUUUUCAGUGAAGAUGUGAAUAUAACACCAAAGACACUAGAAAUUUUAUGGGAUGAAGAACCAUAUUCUGUUGAAGAUCAAAUGCUAAAAUUUUGUCACAAAUCCUUGGCAGCAAGAAAGUGGAAUGACGAAUUAAGAUGUUACAUUUAUGGAAUUCAUGAUCUUUUAUUAUGUCAUAUCAGAAGUAAACUGACACUAGAACAAUUACGAGAUAAACAUGUGGCUUUUAUUGAAAAAUAUAGAAAAUAUUGUAAUGGUGAUUUCUCAAAACUACCAAAUGAUAAUUAUAGUUUUUCUUAUAUUGGUCAUCAUCUUGAACAGGCUGAAAUGUAUCAGGAAUUCCAUGGUUUAUACACUAAUUUUGACUUUCUUCAAGCAAAAAUUAAUUACACUGGUUUAAGCGAUCUGUUUAUAGAUUUGAAGAAGUAUAGAAAGUACAUUACUAAAAAUGGUGAUCCAAUUAUUGAGUCAAAUUUAAUAGAUCUUGAACAUUUUUUGGAAGACCAAGCAAAUACUUUAGCUAAACAUCGUUCAAUGAAAUGUCUAGACUUGGUUCAAAUUGCUUUAGAUCAUUCUGACAAAAGCUUUAUAAGAAAUACAGCUGAAAAAAUAGCAUCAUCUAGAUCUUAUUCUUUAUAUUUGUCUCGAAGUAUUAACUCCAAAACUAAAAAGUAUUUGAACUUCUGUGAAGAAGUAAUAAAGAAUACUAGCACUGUUGCUUUUACGAAUGAACCUAAUCAUAUACUGGUUGGAACCUAUGAUGGUGAAAUUAUUCUAUGGGAUUGUGAAAACCGUAAACCAAAGUUUUUCUCUGGACAUAAAGCGGCCAUUAAAAAGAUUAUUUUAUCAAUUAUCAAUGGAGAUUAUUUUCUAGCUUUGAGUACAGAUGGUUCUUUGAAACUGUUUGCAUUGAGUGAAAAUGAGUAUACAUGCAACGGGCUUAGUAUUCCAACACAAAGUCCUAGACAUAAGCAAACAUCAUGGACACGUUUUUUUGAAUCUCCCCAUGAUGAUAGUAAAAAAACACUUGUAGUUUACGGAGAAAUUAUUACUGAUAUGAAAUUUGCACAAACAAGUAACAAAAUCGCAGCUUGCACUGAUCAUGGAACCAUUAUGCUUUGGGAUGCCAAUGGAAAUAUUGAAUGGCAGGAUAAACUCAAGUCUCAUCGUUUUGGUGGUAUUUCUUUUACAAGUGAAGAUAAUUUACUACACGUCAUGGACGAAAGUACUUCAGCUGUAAGAAUUUAUCAGAAGAGCGAAAAUGGUUACACCUAUGUAUCACAAUUUAAUUUACAAUUAAACAAUCCAAAAGUUAUUUAUUUCUCGCGUCAUCCAGAAGAGCACAAUUGUUUAGUGAUUGUCACCAACAAAAAUUCUUUAUAUUUCAAAUGGUUUUAUAAAAAUAGGCAUAUUCAUAGUUUUGAAAAAUUUGCUAAAACUGAAGAAGAGAAUGAAGAUGUAUCAUAUGUCUGUGCAACUUUGACAUAUGAUGCAAGAUAUUUGAUUAUAGCCAAUUCAAAAGGAAAAAUCAACGUGAUGAAAGCAUUUUGCCCUGAUGAUUUAAUUACUUGUUUUAAAGGCAAUGUUACUUCUCUUGAUCCUUAUUGGAUGUACUUUGAAGAUUUUCAUAUGAUAUGUGGAAGCGAUAAGAAGAUGAUUUAUAGAUGGAAAAUUAGAUCGGAUGAAAAACCAAAAUCAGUCAAAAAACUCUUGUUUGAUGCAAAAAUGAAUACAAUUGGAGAAGAAAAUAUGGUAGUUUUGAAAACUUCACCAAUAACUAUAACGACUUCCAACGGGAAAAAAAUUGAGUCAGUUCACGGAAAAAUCAUCAGCAUGAAGUUAAUUGAAGAUUCAUCUAAAUUAAUUUAUCUGACAGAAUCAGGAUCGGUUACGACUACGGUGUGCGUAGUAUUAUACGAUAUGACUACCGAACAAUCAUCACUAAUUGCUAAGCUCGACUCUUUAAAUGAUUUCAUUGAUGUUAUACAAAUGAAAGGAGAUUAUAUGGUGCUGUGCAAAGCGAACAAUAAUUUGCAGGUGUGGCGUAAUACAAAAAUAUCAAAAAAAAUCGAUGGCUCGGAUUUUGUACUAUCUGUACACCAGAUAGCGAAUAAUUGCAUUUUCACGGUAUCUAAACAUGGUAAAAUGAAGUACUGGAACAUCGAAGAUUUUUCGUGGAGUGUUAUGUACGAGUUUAUCGAUGAUGAAGAAACAAUUGUCAGUAGCCAUUUAAGUAGCAACAAAAAUUUGUUGGCUUUACUCAAAAAUGGAACUACAAUAAUGGUAUAUAAUUUGCCAAAUGUCGAAAUAGAUCAAUCAGAUAGUUUUAAAAUAGAAGCUUACUUCAAAAAAGAAUAUAAACAGGGUGUGACCUUGUGUGAAUUUUCUAACGAUGAAAAGUUUUUAGCCGUUGCUCUUCAAAAUGGUGACAUUUCCAUAAUAGACGUGCCAACUCAGGUAGAACUAGGAAAAUUGGAUCUUCACUGCAGUCCAAUUUGUCAGUUGCAUUGGUCACCUGUGUGCAUCAAUUCAGCGAUUUUACUGACUGUCUCUGGAGACGAAUUAGCUUGGUGGAAUGUUAAUUACUUGCGUGGACCAAAUCGUUCCCAGAAUAGACGAAGUCGCAUGGGCUUCGACCGUAGUCAAAUUCAACAGGGCAUUAGUCCGCGCUCGAGCUACCAAGCCAAACCUCAAGAAUCGAUAAAACUUCAAAUAACUCCACCAGUAACACUAAACCUCGAGGAAUUUUGGAGUCGAAAACUCGGUGUAGAUGUUGAUAGACCGGCCUUGCUCGGAUGUGUAUGCUUACCUGGCACGUGCACGGAUAACGUGAGAAUAUGCGUAGCUCCGGAUUUCUCACAAUUUUUAACAGUUGAUAUCCACGGUACAAUAAGUAACUAUACAAUUUUCAGUGUUUCUGAUUCAUAGCUAAAGUCUAUUGAUUGGAAUAGAUUGACGUGUUUUGUUACUUUGAUAAAUAUACUAGUAUGUGCCAUAUGUCUUUCAUGGUUUCUAAAAUUUUGAUAAAUUGUAUAUAAAAAGUGCUUAAUGGUUCAUUUUUAUAUGGACUUGAAAAUUAAACGAAUUAAGAGUAAAUUGAUGGAUUAAAGUAACAAAAUACUGGCAAUAAGUAAUUGAUAAGAGAAUCGUGGGUUUUUUAUAGAAUAUAGAAUACUUAUAUUCAUGAAAUAUUCUAUUGUGAUAUUACAAUAGUGCAUUUUUAUCGAUUUUAUUAGUAUAAACAUAAAACAAAUUAGAAGCGACGUUUCUGAUAAUUAGCUUGGCUUAGUAUGUAUCGAUAUAUAUUAUAAAAGUGAAAUACUUUUUUACUGUUUUAAGUAUGCAUGGUACGUAAAAGUUUACGAUACGUACGUACAUGUAAUGAUCAAGCCACUGCCAGCUGCAUUUAAUAUAAUUUUAUUUUCAAGACGAGAGUUUUUAUGGCAAUAAAUUGUGAAAAAGUAUACAAGCACAAUCAGAAUUUUAUGAUUAUGAAUUUACAUCGAAUGCAAUAAUUUUUUUUCUACUUUGAUCUAAAUAAGUAAUACUUAUACACUUUUUUAAUUUGAAUUUUGCUU